CCAGAAUACAUCCUGUCAUACUUCCUGUUCAAGAUGGCAGCCCACUUUGGGAGGUAAAGUGCGGGUCAGUGUAUUCCAUGUUUGCGGACGGCUUAGGAGGUCUGCACGAUGCGCUGUACGGUGUACUGUAUAUGAUUGUACACAAUGCUGUACAGUCGCAGCAAGGGCCCCUGGGAAUUAUCUAAGCCCCCUAGCAGCUCCGUCUCUCCAGCCUCCGCCGACGCCGACUCUCCCAUACUGAUGAGCCCGGGGAGCCGCUCGCCUCCUCCUGACGUCGCCUCCUUUUCCUCGCGCCGGCUUGCGCAGCAACAGUGACCAAGAGAGCCGCGGAAGCGCAGCCUCACCCCCCCCCCCCAACCCCGCCUCUCCCGGCAGCCUCGCACGCUCCCUGGCUCCUUGGCGCCCGAACGCGGACCUUUGGAAGAGAUCCAUCCGAGGGUGGGUGAUGCGCGCGCCGCUGCCGCCGCCACCUCCGCCUGGCCGCUCUUACGUCGCCAUCGGUACCUCUGCGUGGAUUCGGCAAGUGUGAACACAUCUGGACCUCAAAGGGGAGCCAUGCCCAACACUGUCACAUCACUACACGCCUGCAGUCCUCCUCCUCGGCACAAUCCCUCGGGCUCCCUCGCUACCUUCCCGGACCCGAUGCGAGCUUGCUAAAGAAAAGAAUAAGGAAAGAAAAGGCCCACAACGGACACUUACAGAACCUUUUUUCUUUUUUUUUUUUCUCCCAGUUGAGCGGAAUUGGAAGCCUUGCUCGACGUGCAUAUUGAUCGCUUUUCCUUUGGAUCAUGCAGAGAUUAUUGCUACGGUGAAGGAGAGAGCAAAUAAAGGAUGGAUCCGGUUACGUGCGUUGUGGGGCUACUGGUGCUGCUCGUGGAGGGCAUCCGUUGCCAGGGAGUGUAUGCGCCCCCUACCGUCCGCAUCAUUCACUCGGGGCACGCUUGCAACGUGGAAGAGGAGCGGCACACGGAGCGCGUCUACACCAUCCGAGAGGGCGAGACCCUGGAGCUCAGCUGUCUGGUGACGGGACAUCCUCGGCCUCAGAUCAGAUGGACCAAGACCGCCGGCAGCGUGUCGGACCGGUUCCAGGACUCCAGCGUCUUCAACGAGACGCUGCACAUCGCCAAGAUCCUGAGGACGCAGGGUGGCCGCUACUACUGCAAGGCAGAGAACGGCCUCGGCUCGCCCGCCAUCAAGUCUAUCCGAGUGGACGUCUACUACCUCGAUGACCCAGUGGUGACGGUGCACCAGAGCAUCGGCGAGGCGAAGGAGCAGUUUUACUAUGAGCGGACGGUGUUCCUGCGCUGUGUGGCCAACUCCAACCCGCCGGUGCGGUACAGUUGGCACCGCGGCCGUGAGGUGCUGACCCAGGGCUCGGACAAGGGCGUGGAGAUCUACGAGCCCUUUUUCACGCAGCAGGGGGAAACGAAGAUCCUGAAGCUGAAGAACCUGCGGCCGCAGGACUACGCCAACUACAGCUGCGUGGCCUCCGUCAGGAGCGUGUGCGGCAUUCCCGACCGUAGCGUCAUCUUCCGGCUCACCAACAAGACAGCCUCGCCGUCCAUCAAGCUGCUGGUGGACGACCCCAUCGUAGUGAACCCCGGCCAGACGGUGUCGCUGGUGUGCAUCACCACCGGCGGGGAGCCGCCGCCGCUCCUCACGUGGCUCAGCGCCAACGACAGCUUGCCACAGAGGAGCAUGGUGAAGGGCGGCACGCUCACGCUGCCCGCCAUCAGCUCGGACGAGGCCGGCGUCUACAGUUGCGUGGCCAGCAACAACGUGGGCAACCCGGCCAAGAAGUCCACCACCAUCGUCGUACGAGCGUUGAAAAAAGGCCGCUUCUGGAUCACGCCCGACCCGUACCACAAUGACGACAACAUCCAGAUCGGUCGCGAGGUCAAAAUAUCGUGUCAGGUGGAGGCGACCCCCCCGGAGGAGCUGACUUUCAGCUGGCUGAAGAACGGCCGCGGCCUGCGCAGCUCGGAGCGCAUGGUCAUCACGCAGACGGACACGGACAUCUCGCCCGGCACCACCAACCUGGACAUCAUCGACCUCAAGUUCACCGACUUCGGCACGUACACGUGCGUGGCGGCGCUGAAGGGCGGCGGCAUCCCGGAGAUCAGCAUCGACGUCAACAUCUCCUCCACUACUGUCCCUCCUCUGUUUUUCUCUUUCUUAGUUCCCCCCAACCUGACAGUCCCCCGGGGCAAAUCCCCCCUGGUGGCCCGUGAGGGCGACACAGUGGAGCUGGAGUGCCUUGUUUCAGGGAAGCCCAAGCCCAUCAUCCUGUGGUCGCGGGCGGACAAGGAGGCGCCCAUGCCGGACGGCGGCAUGCAGACGGAGAGCUACGACGGAGCGCUGCGCGUCGUCAACGUGACGCGGGAGAUGACCGGAUCGUACCGAUGCCAGACCAGUCAGUACAACGGAUUCAACGUCAAACCCCGCGAGGCAGUGGUUGAGCUCAUCGUCCAGUACCCGCCCACGGUGGAGCCGGUGCACACGGAGCUGCGUCAGGGCCUGGGCCGGCCCGUGGUGAUGACGUGCCGGGUGCUGCGGGCGCACCCGUCGCGCGUGCUGCGCUUCGAGUGGCUGCUGUCCAACCGGCUGCUGCACGCCGGCGCUUUCGACACGCAGCGGGACGACACCGAGUACAUCAUCCGCAGCCUGAACCGCGACGGCUGGGGCGAGUACACCUGCAAAGUCAUCAACGAGGCCGGCGCCGGGAAAUGCACCUUCCACGUCACGGGGAAGGCCUACGCUCCCGAGUUUUACUACGACACCUACAGCCCUCUGUGGCAGAACCGGCCCAGGAUCUACGACUUCAAGCUCCAGUGGACGCAGAUGAACCCGAACGCCGUAGACCGCAUCGUGGCUUACCGACUCGGCCUCAGACAGAUGGGACAACAGCGGUGGUGGGAGCAGGAGAUCUCCAUGACCGGGCCCAUCAACAAAGGAGAGCUCAUGACCCACAACCUGACCGAGCUCAUCAAGCCAGAGUCCUACGAGGUGCGUCUUACCCCCAUCACUCGUUUCGGCGAGGGCGACUCCACCGUGCGGAUUGUCACCUACAGCGCUCCCAUCAACCCUCACCUAAGGGAGUUCCACUGCAGCUUCGAGGAGGAGCCCAUCUGCAUGUUCACCCAGGACAAGAACGACGACUUUGAUUGGACGCGCCACAGCGCCGCCACGCGCGACACCAAGUACACGCCCAACACCGGGCCCAGCGGCGACCGCGCCGGUUCCAAGCAGGGUUUCUACAUGUACAUCGAAACGUCGAGGCCACGGAAGGAAGGGGAUCAGGCCCGGCUCGUCAGUCCGUUUUUCAACAUCGCCCCGAAGAACCCCUACGGCAUCGCCAACCCGCCGGCCUACUGCUUCAGCUUCUUCUACCACAUGUACGGGAAGCACAUAGGUACACUAAAUGCCUUAGUGAAGCAGAAGGGCCUGUCCAGCCUGGAUGGGCCGGUUUGGUCGCUAAGCGGUAACCAAGGCGAGCGCUGGAAACAGGCUAAAGUUAGCGUGCAUCCGACGGCGUCAUUUCAGGUGGUCCUGGAGGGAAUCCGAGGACCGGGCAUCGAGGGCGACAUCGCCAUCGACGACGUCACGUUGGAGGAAGGGGAGUGUCGAGACCCGCCGCCCAACCUGAGCGCCAUUGCCCAGUCCACCUCCCUGCAUAUAUGGCUGCUGUGCGUCACCGUGGUGAUAACCCUCCUGGAGGGCCAGAGGUGACCCUCCCGGCAGCCGUCUCAGACGCCGACCUUCAGACCCGCAGUCUGUGAGCUGUACCCUCGGCAACCCCCAUCACCAAAGAUUCACGCAUCCCGAAAGCGGCGACGGUCCCCUCCCAGCCGGCCCCACCAACACCACCACCCAACCCCCUCCGGUGGGUCGCUUUGGGACGCAAAUGAAAACAUUGAACUGUGAUUAAAGGCAAAAGAAAUCGGAAGGGGGGGGGUAAUAAAAAUGUGCUCUUUUUUUUUUUAUGAGAGGGCGGGGGGGGAACCCGAUACUUUGGCAAGUUGGGCGUUCCUCGGUGCGGGACUCUCUCCGCGAGCACAAAGGGUGAACUUUGCCGGCGCAUCGAGGGAGGGGCAGUUUGUAAAGCACAAGAACAAUUUUAUGAAGUUAUAUGAGGAAAAAAAAAAAUAUAUAUAUAUAUAUAAAUAUCUAAUCUUUGCAAGGCGGCGGAAUAUAGAUGCUGCUGACAUUUUGAAGGAGGAAAUUGAAUCAGACCUUUCUCUGUGUAACUUUAUCUUCAUUUCCCUGGCACCAGAUGCCAAUCGCUUGGUUUUUGUUCCCCCCCCCCCCACCUCAUGUUUGUUUUGUUUUUUAUCUGCUUGGUGCUGUUCUGAAGAAAAACAAGACGUCUGGCCACAUUUUGUUCAGUCUGCUUUAAGACCCCCCCCAUUUCCAUCCCCCAUGGCUGCCUAUGUACUUUUUACACUGUGCCCACCAGUCCAAGUGGCCAACUUGAUGGUACGAUGGCAGAACAAAAAGGGGGAAGGAAAAAUAAAAAUGGCGAAAAGACAUCUGGACUACAUGGCGGCGGGCGAAAAAAAAAAAAAAAAAGUGAAGGUCGAGAAGUCCGGGACGUGAUUGAUUACGGGACGCCGGUCCGUUGAGCGAAGCCUGGCACGGAGUCACGUCGGUCGGUCCACUGGAGACAAAGAAGAAGCCACUUUUCUUUCUGCCAUGAAACAAAGUGCCUUCGAUAUGACGACGCGGAAUAUCCCGAGCCCAACUUGUCGCGUGACAUCGAACACGCGCGUCCACGCUUCGCCUGAUGGCCUAUUUUCUACGUGCGCCUCUUUUUGCCCACCCCACCCGCCCACCUCCCACACAAGUGCUGACGGGGUAUUGAGUAUUCGUGGGGGGGCCAAGGACCGUUGGCUAGACCGCAUGAACAACAAAUGCAGGCUCUGGAUAUUUUUCAAUGGAUAAAAGACACUCAUUGGAUUGACUACCACCCAACUUUAAAAAAAAUAAUAAAUCAAUCAAUCAAAAAAAUCAGAGGGACUUUGGGCGACCCGCUCCCCUCUGCCGCCAUUUCUACGACAGCGCUACCAGAACGCAAAAUAUAUGAAUAAUAAUGAUCGUGAGAAUAAUAAUGUUGAUAAUAGUCCUGAUAUUUUAUUACUGCAGCGGGAAUGUUUUUUUUUCUGCUUUUACACAAACUGUGAAGACUUGACUGGACGAUCUACCUGAGACCAUAACCUUAACCAGCGGGGGUUUUUAAGAAAUGUAUUGUAAAAACAAAACAAAAACAAACAAAAAAAAAAGAAAAUGAGAAAACUUCUGUUCAUCGUUGGUUGUGAGAAAUGCUUUGAGGACAAUUUACUAUUUUUUUUUUUUUUACCCCCUCUCCCGUUCUUUCGUUGCCCUUGCAUUGCCGAAAUAUCCAAGCGGACGGAAGCGUUACGAACGAUGCUGAUCGUGUACGUUGUAUAACUUUUCAGUGUUAAAGAAUCUCU